UUUAGACCAAGUUUCCAUACUGUAAGCCGCAGUCCGACACAUCACCCACUCGCGGGAACUACCUUAUGACAGGUACGAUGGUGAUAAGCUGUCUACGAGGCGAGAAUAUCAUUGGCGCACGCAUAUAAGACAGGCGAGGAGGUACAAAGUUGGACUUUACACAGUUAUAGCUGCUACUAGGGCUUUCGUAAUCCGGUUUCAAUUCCCUAGACCGACUGCAAAUCAACUUCCACACAAGACCACGUGGUUCGUGCCCUUUCACGGUCAGCUCCAUCAACCGCACGCCACUGAUUGAAACAGAAUGUGAAUCGAAGACUAUCGUUUUCAUCGGGAAUAAUUUCUUUGAAAAGUGUCCCGAAAGUCAAUUUCGAAAUGUAUUAUUAACUCUCUCACAGUUAAUAACAAAAUAAGUUGCUUUUAUAUAUUUUGCAAAAUAGGAUAAUUAAAUAUUAUUGCUUUCACGAUCCGAAAAUGAAGUUCUCGCAAUAAAAUUUGCAAAAAUUCUCACAUCACUGUCUGAGGAUAUUUAUCUUAAUCACAUAUUUUACAUUUAUACUUGCUACUAACAUUACGUGGUAUUCCUAGUUCAAAUCGUGUCUCACGUAAAAUGUAACGUCGAUAUUUUAAGACUUUAACACACGAUCAAGUAAAACUCAGUUUGCUUUAAAACAAAAGCAGUUUCGAGUUUUCACUAUUUGUGAUUACAUCACUUCAGUAAGAACAAAUUACGUUACCAUUAUCUGCCCUGGUCGUUCAAGAGCUCUUCACGAAGCGGGAUGGAUAUAAAACAUCGAUUCGACGUGAAGAGGGUUCCGGAAGAAAGUGAUAUUUCCGGCGACACCAAUGUACAGAAUGCUCGCAAUAACGAGAUCUCGGAACCUGUGCAGGGUCACGCCACGUAUCCCGUUGCCAGCAAUGAUCCAAAGAUUCAUCGCAAUUCUCUAGCUCAACUCACCCGGGAGGCUCUGCCCCGCCUGGAUCAUUACCGCAAUUGCAUACAGGCAAUGAAAAGGCCGUCCCUUGGAGAAUUAUAUGGAGACGUAAGCGAAGUUAAGGAUGGCAAUUUGGAAGCACAGAGCCCUGAGGUGGCAAACGAAAGCCAUGGUGUCAAACUGGGGUGGAUUCAAGGGGUGCUUAUCCCCUGCCUACUCAACAUUUGGGGUGUUAUGCUGUUCCUGCGUUUGUCCUGGGUAGUUGCUCAGUCCGGAAUAAUCCAAUCGCUCAUCAUUAUCGGCAUGUCGACUGUGGUCUGCGUCCUUACCACUCUAUCUCUCUCUGCCAUCUGCACCAACGGAGAGGUGAAAGGAGGCGGAGUGUACUACAUCAUCUCCCGGUCACUGGGUCCAGAAUUCGGAGCUUCAAUCGGCAUUGUAUUUGCAUUCGCAAACACCGUAGCGGCGUCAAUGAACACUAUUGGUUUCUGCGACUCACUCAAUGAUCUUCUUCAUUCUCAUGGACUUCAGAUUGUGGACGGUGAUGUUAAUGACGUCAGAAUUGUUGGAACCAUCGCCAUUUUGGUCAUGUGUAUCAUAUGUGCUGUUGGAAUGGAAUGGGAAUCGAAAGCACAAAACUUCCUCACUGUCAUCAUUGUUGCAGCCAUUGUCGACUUCAUUGUUGGUGCAAUCAUCGGACCAAAGGACGUUUUGCAAGAAGCCCAAGGAUUCGUGGGGUUUAACCUGACUGUCACGAAGCAAAACUUGGGACCAGACUACAGGUUUAGCGAGAAUGUGAAUCAGGACUUUUUCUCAGUGUUCGCCAUCUUCUUUCCAUCCGUUACUGGCAUUCAGGCUGGCGCCAAUAUCUCAGGGGAUUUAAAGGAUCCAGCGUCAGCCAUUCCAAAGGGCACUCUUCUCUCGCUGCUAAUAUCUAUGGCAUCCUACGCCGUAUUCGUGGUGUUUGCCGGGAUGACGGCAGCCAGAGACGCCAGUGGCAUUGUGGGAGAUGUAGCUAAUGGGACACAAUUUUAUUGCUACCCGAAUAGAAGCUGUAAAUGGGGACUCAUGAACAGUUACUCAAUGAUGCAGGUUAUUUCUAUCUGGGGGCCUCUAAUCUACGCUGGAUGUUUUGCGGCAACAUUAUCCACUGCUCUUACAAACCUUUUGUCAGUACCAAGACUUAUCCAGGCUCUUGGUAUUGACAGAAUAUAUCCAGGACUCAUAUUUUUCUCAAAGGGUUAUGGGAAGGCUGGCGAAGCGUACCGCGGAUAUGUGCUUACAUUCCUCAUAUCCACAGCCUUCGUCCUUAUUGCUCAGCUGAAUGUAAUCGCUCCGCUGAUUUCAAAUUUCUACUUGGCAUCUUACGCCCUCAUAAAUUUCUGCACGUUCCAUGCUGCUUUUAUCAAACCACUGGGCUGGAGACCUACAUUCAAGUACUACAACGUGUGGUUGAGCCUCUCUGGUUUUAUAAUCUGCGUUGCCAUCAUGUUUCUCAUUUCGUGGGUCACGUCACUUAUUACCUUUAUCGUUGUUCUAGCACUCUACCUUCUUGUCGUCUACCGGAAACCAGACGUCAACUGGGGUUCUUCCACUCAAGCUCAGACAUACAAGACGGCCUUAACAUCGGUCCACAAGUUGAUUAACGUGGACGAACACGUGAAGAAUUACCGACCUCAAAUCCUCGUUCUGACGGGCAAGCCUCAGGACAGACCACCGCUCGUGGAUCUCGUCAACCUUAUCACGAAAAACAACGCGUUGAUGUUGUGCGGACAUUUGUCGGAAGAGCGACUCUCCCAUCGGGCUCGGUUGAACCUUGCCCGAAAGAGCUAUGCCUGGUUGCAUGCCAAUAAAAUCAAGGCGUUUUACACUCUGGUGGAUGGAAUUGAGUUCGAAAUGGCUGCCAGGUCUCUGCUUCAGGCUUCAGGGCUUGGAAAGCUGAAGCCGAACAUCUUGGUGUUGGGAUACAAAAGUACAUGGAGAAACUGCGAUACUGGAGACUUAGCAGCGUACUUCAAUGUUCUACACGAUGCUUUCGAUAAUCGAAUAUCGGUAGCAAUAUUGCGUCUUCCCUAUGGAGAGGAUUAUUCCAAGUUCACGGAGGAGACAGAUUCUCACUGUUAUGACAACGGGGCAUUCAGUGUGGCUAAUUCCAGCCAGGACCUCACGAACCAUGGUCAAACAGGCUUCCUACGCAUCGACUCUUUUGUCAGCCUCAAUCAAAUGGAGCAACAUCCUUCAAACAUCUCGCUAUCUGCAAUUGGGUCCUCAGACAAUUCUCUGAUUGACAGUGCCAAGGCUUUGCGGCGGUAUGUAAACACAGAGAAGUCAGAUACCCUGAUGCCAUUAAGUAUCCUGAAAAGCAAGAAGAAGUACAUGUUAAACAAGAUUCCCAUUGGCAGCCAGCUAUCGAACAUGACGAUUUUCCGACAAAAACAAGCAGAAGGCAACAUUGACGUCUGGUGGCUCUAUGAUGACGGAGGUCUAACUAUGUUGCUGCCAUAUAUUAUCAGCACACGCAGUGACUGGUCCAACUGUAAACUACGUGUCUUCGCUUUGCUAAGCCGCCAACAAGAAGCAGAAUUAGAGGAACGGAAUAUGGCAAGCCUGCUGUCAAAGUUUCGCAUCCAUUAUCAUAGCCUGAAGAUGGUGGCUGGUAUCACGGAAAAACCACAGGAUCAAACUGUCACCUUCUUCAAUAGCUUAUUGGAGGGUUUCUGUGAAGAAGAUGGGGCCGACCCAGAGGUGUGUGUUAGCAAAGUGGAGUUAGCAGCUUUGCAGCAAAAAACUGACAGGCAACUUAGAUUGAGGGAGUUGCUUUUGGAGAAUUCUCACGAUGCCAGACUUAUUGUUAUGUCUCUUCCAAUGCCACGUAAGGGCACCGUUUCAGCACCCCUGUACAUGGCUUGGCUAGAAGUAUUAACUAAGGACAUGCCUCCCUCACUGCUGGUCCGAGGAAAUCACACAUCAGUCCUUACGUUCUAUUCAUGAGCAGCUGAGGUUUCGCCUCGCUCCGUGAGAUUUCACGUUCCGACGACGAGUUUGAAGAUGGCAAAUCUUCUGGGAUGUUGCGCCGGUAAAUCUUAUAAAAAAUUGACCGACAUUUCAGAGGCCCUCUUAAUAGAGACAGUAAGCACCACUAAAACGUCGGUCAGUUUCUAUCAGACUACACGGCGCAACAUUUCAGAAGACAGCCAUCUUCCUAUCAGUCUGCGUUUACAUAAGACUUUUAACAGGAUUUAAAAUUUUCGUAGUUGGCAGAACACGAGCUGGAAUAAUGCCAUAUUUUACGUGCGUGGAAAUAUGAAGCAUAAGCUCCAGUGGAAAUCUAUCUAGCAAGAUUUUCAAGUUUUAGCAAUCACCGUGCAAGACGUGGUCUAUGCAGGUAAAAGUCAACUUUUAUAUAUGCGUUUUUAAAUUAUUAUUAUUAUCAUUAUUAAAUUGUGCGAAUCAGCAGCGUCUCAGUUAAAUGGAAUGUCUGCAUUACCAAUUAUACCAAUUAAUACCUGGAUUAUUCGUUUCUAGCAGUAAAUAUAUAUAACAUUCGUAUCUCUGCUUGUCUCUUACAGAAUCCUUUUUAAAGACUAAAAAUGUUCAUAAAAAUAAUUAAAACGCAUUUGAAAAUGUGAUGUGAUGUGUUUUAUUUGAGACAAGAACUAUGUUUUUAAAUGGAAUUUAGAUUAAUUUUAUUUUAAAGGGGUUAAUAAACUUGUAAAUGCUCAGGAUAUUCGCCCGGUAAGGCCCACGAAAAGUCUCGUGUAAGAUAGGGACUCGCAUAUGGACAGCCCUGUUUAAAUAAAGCCAUGUCAUAUGAAAUGACAAGGAUAGAAUAAGCAACCAAAUACGCAAAUCAGUGUAGCUGAAGUAAACUGAAGGACAGAUUACGACAUGAUAUUAUGUCCUUACGCUGUCAAACUGUGUAUCACAAGAUGAAACGAAAGAAAGCUUUAAUUAACCAUCCAACACCACUCUGCCGAAUACACACUGACACAAAAGUAUUAUAAAAAAAAAAGCAAACAUACGUAAUAAGAUAAAUAGGUGUUGAAAUGUGAAGGUGUUUAUUUUCGAAUAAUGCUUUCUGAAUACACGUGUCUGAAUUUGUUGAGAUAUAUAAAAGAGUUUUCAUAAUUAGCUGUGACAACGACGGACCAAAUAAAACACGUUAGCAUUAAACGUAAGAGUGAUUUUCAUUCAAUUGACGGAAACAAUUAUCAGUUCCUAAGUGCCUUCAAAAUUUAAGAAUUCUAAUAAUUUAUAUAUUAGUAUGACUUAACAAGCCGUGAAAAUAUUUAAUUAAAAUGUAUAUAAUAUAAUUAAUUUUCUAUUAUAGUUGUUCUAGUAUUUUUUUAUGCUUACGUUAUUCAUGAUUUGUCCUCAUUAUUAUAAUAUUUCACUAAUUAAACGUUUGUCCAUUCAUCAUUUUCGAAAAGUAUCUCAUAUCCGUAAUUAAAACUCGUUUUAUAAUUGCAUUUAUAUAUAGGAAUAAAUAAAUGUAUUAACUGAUUACUAUAUACUUAACAAUUACAAAUUAAUAAAACAUUUGAAUAAACAUUUAUGUUUAACUAAGUUGUAAAAGAGUGUAACUGUAUUUUAAAGCCAAACACAGUGUGAUGUAACUAGUAAAAGAUGUACUAUAAUCAAUUAA